AUGCUGCCCGCCGCCGCCACCGCCGCCUCGACCGCUCCUCCUCCUCCUCCUCCUCCGCCGCCGCCGCCGGCUGCUGCUGCCGGCGAGCCGCACGGGGCGCUGCUCCUGUCCCUGGCCUACCUGCCGCUGCGCGAGCUCCUGUGCUGCGCGCGCGCGUGCCGCCGCCUCCGCGACGCCGUCGCGGGGGACCCGCUCCUGUGGCGCCGCGUCGCGGUCGGCCCGCCGCUCAGCGGCCGGGUCACCGACGAGGCGCUCCUCGCGCUGGCGGGGCGCGCCGAGGGGACGCUCCGCUCCCUUCGCCUCCUCGGGUGCGGCCGCGUCUCCGACGCCGGCCUGCUCCGCGUCGUCGAGCGCAACCCCGGCAUCACCGAGCUCUAUAUGCCCAGAUGUACAGGCUUAACUGCUGAUGGUGUGGUGAAGAUUGUUCAGGUUCUUUAUGAACGCAAGGGGAAUCUCAAUCGCCUUAGAGUACAUGGUAUUUCCAGGAUGACUACGCAUCAUCUCGAUGCUAUCAAUUCUGUCAUGUGCAACAGUGAUCCACAACAAGAUGAGCAAUCACUUUUCUAUAGCCACAGAGUCCAUGAAGUGCUCAACUCCAAUGAUGAACGACGUAUUGAUGUUGAUGUCUGUCCUAUGUGCACAAAUGUGAGGCUGGUGUUUGAUUGUACAAGGGAUGGCUGUAGGAAAAAGGAUAGUUGGCAUCAAUGUCGAGGCUGCUUCUUCUGCAUUGCUCGAUGCGAAACAUGCGGUGGUUGCAUCGACUUGGAGGAGCUCAGCGAGACUGAACUCGCCUGCUCAGACUUCCUGUGCAUGGAGUGCUGGCUUGCGCUCCCGAAAUGUAGCACAUGCAACCGGCCCUACUGCAAGAGGCAUGAAAAUCUUAAGGUUUCUGUAUCACCAUCUGGCCAAUUUACUUGUCACCGUUGCGAGGAGUUUUGCACCUCACCGGAGAGCCCGGAAGAAAAUUCUUACAAACUUCAUGGACUUGUACACCUUGUCUGAAAACUCUGCUCCAUUGCUCUCAGCAGUUGGCUUAUUCCUGUGGAGUGUACUAACCUUCCAGAGUUCCAGCUUAGAAUUUACUCAGCAUGACAAACUGAAGAACACCUUUAUUCACCAUCCUUUGUCAUUUUGGCUGUGGUAUGCAUCGUGAUUUCGGACGAUACUCCUCCAAGAAAUGCUAAUGAAAUGGAAUGCCAUCAAAUUUCUAUCAUUUUUGCAGGAAAAAUGAUUUCUAUCCCUGACUAUUUGGAACCUCAAAGUCUAUGUGAUGAACAGUCAUUCAAGGGUUUAGAUUAUUAUUUUUUUGAAAAAGUUGCACAAAUUUAAGUAGU